CUGCGAUUUACGCAUGUUGUGUCUUCUGCUCUCUUUCUUCAUGACUAUAAAGCCGGUCAUUGCUCUACAUCGCCAGCAACCAUGACGGUCUUUGCCCGGGCGAUCCUGAAGAGACCGCCGUGUUGGGGUGCUGCUUUGCAAUGUCGGACUUGCUGGAUCCGGAGCUCUGCAGCUUGCUCGCCUUUCAGAUAUCAGCACUUUGGUGGUUUGGAAUCUUCUCCGCCGCUGCUCGAAUGCCUACGGAGAACCUAUCAGACGAGUGCGCCUGCUGGUAAGGCUGCGGAAGAAUCAAAAGUGCAACCCAAACCAUCCCCGAAGGGGGCGCAGGCCGCGCCUGAUCCAGUCGCGAACGCUGAACACCCAACUGCAAAGGAGCAACGGAGAACGGACUGGACCAUCAUCAAGCAGCUGGCAGUGAACAUCUGGCCACCAAAUGACUGGUCGGUGAAGGGGAGGGUACUGUUCGGUUUGGGUUUGCUCGUCGCUGGGAAAGUGCUGAACGUCCAAGUUCCAAUGGUCUUCAAAGGCAUCAUCGAUUCUCUCAAUCUUGAUAUUACGGCCGGCUCGACUGUUUGGGUCGUAUGCGGGUCAUUGAUCCUGGGUUACGGUGCCGCUCGAAUUGGCGCAACCCUCUCCGGUGAAUUGCUCAAUGCCGUCUUCGCUUCGGUCGGACAACGCGCCGUUCGGAAAGUAGCACGGGAGACGUUCGAUCACCUGCUCAACCUGGACCUGAAGUUCCACUUGUCGAGGCAGACAGGAGGACUCACUCGCGCCAUUGACCGCGGGACGAAAGGCAUAACAUUCAUAUUACAGGCUGUUAUAUUCCGCAUAGUACCUACCGCCUUAGAAAUCUCUCUCGUAUGCGGGAUACUGUCGUACAAAUUCGGGUGGGACUUUGCCGCAAUCACGUUGCUCACCAUGGCUGCCUACACUUGGUUUACGGUCCGAACUACAUCAUGGCGUACGCGCUUCCGCCGGGAGGCAAAUCAAGCCGACAACAGGGCUGCUACAGUGGCUGUCGACUCCUUGAUUAACUAUGAGGCUGUCAAGCACUUCAAUAACGAGAAAUAUGAGAUCUCCCAAUACGACAAGCACCUAAGCUCCUACGAGAAGGCCUCCAUCAAGAUCACCACGUCUCUAGCUUAUCUGAACUCGGGGCAGAAUAUUAUCUUCUCAACCGCCCUGACUAUGAUGAUGUUCCUGGCCGCGCAGGGUGUCAUUAAAGGGACAAUGACCGUCGGGGAUCUCGUUAUGGCCAAUCAGCUGGUGUUCCAACUUUCGUUGCCACUCAACUUCUUGGGCACGAUCUACCGCGAGAUGCGGCAAAGUCUGUUGGACAUGGAGACAUUGUUCAACCUCACGAACCAGAAUCAGCCCCGAAAGGACGCCCCAGAUGCCAAACCCCUCGAGUUCCGGGGCGGCUCUAUCCGCUUCGAAAACGUCAACUUUGGAUACCACCCAGACCGCCCGAUCUUCCGCGAUCUAUCCUUCACGGUUCCUGCCGGUAAGAAGGUGGCUAUCGUUGGACCGUCUGGCUGUGGCAAGUCUACCGUCUUCCGCCUGCUUUUCCGUUUCUAUGAACCUUCAUCGGGUCGCAUAUUUGUCGACGACCAGGACAUCCAUUCCGUCACCAUCGAGAGCCUGCGCAAGUUGAUCGGGGUUGUCCCGCAGGAUACGCCGCUCUUUCAUGCCGAUAUCAUGCACAACGUGCGCUAUGGCAGGCUAGAUGCGACUGACGAGGAGGUCAUCGAGGCAGCGCGGAAGGCGCAGGUUCAUGAGACUGUCGCGAGCCUACCCGAAGGAUACAGCACAAAGGUCGGUGAGAGAGGGCUGAUGAUUAGUGGAGGGGAGAAGCAAAGGCUGGCAAUUGCGCGGGUCCUGCUCAAGGACCCUCCCAUCCUAUUCUUUGACGAAGCGACGUCUGCACUAGAUGCCCACACCGAGAAUGAGCUCAUGCGCAACAUCGAUUCCACUCUCCUAGACAAGCAGAGAACAAGCAUAUUCAUCGCGCACCGGCUGCGCACUAUCAUUGAUUCCGACUUGAUCAUUGUCUUGAAAGACGGUCAAGUAAGCGAGCAAGGGACGCAUGAGGAAUUACUUCGUCAAGGAGGAUUGUACUAUCAGAUGUGGGCCCAGCAGGCUUCAGAUGCCUUUGCGGAAGAGGCGGAGGAUAGCGAAGUCUUACCACAGCAACAUGCAUAGUUCACUCUAUGAUACAAAAGUUGGGAAAUGAUUCCAGAAGGUCAAUGACACCUCUUGAUAUCUCC